AUGCCAGCUACCCCAAUGGCAAGAAUCAGUGGAACUUCGCUCAGUCAAAGUAUCGCCCCUGAGAAAGCGGACACAAAAGGAUCCGGAGAUGUGGAGAUUGACAUUGAAAGGACAGCCACUGCGGGCACAACCCAUAAUGGCAGCUCCUCGGACAUCUCUGCGGCUGGGUCUGCAGGAUACCACCGAUCCCUCACCCGGCGCAAGGUGAUGAUGAUGACUUUUGGGGCUGGAAUAGGGACUGGACUUUGGGUGGGAACUGGUCAGGCCUUACUCUAUGCUGGCCCGGCUGGCACCGCUCUGACAUAUACAUUGACUGCAAUAAUUGUUUACGCUCAAUAUUCUUCCAUUGGUGAAAUGACAACAUACAAACCGGUACAUGGUGGAUUUAUCCGGCAAUGCAUCGAGUAUGUGGACCCAGCAUGGGGCUUUGCGAUCGGCGUUAACUUCUGGUUUGCUUGGGUUAUGAUCAUCCCGGCCGAAAUUACUGCCGCAGUCUCCGUUCUGAAGUACUGGCCGCAGACCGACGUGAUCCCCUUAGCUGCGUAUAUCACAAUAUUUAUAGUGGUAAUCGCUCUGGGGAAUGUCUUUCACGUACGGAUCUAUGGAUUUGUCGAAUACUACAUGUCAUUCAUCAAGUGCUUUGCCGUAGUCUUGAUGAUAUUCUUCAUGUUCAUUAUGACCUCUGGUGGGAUUGCUGCUACGAACGGACCAAUUGAGUUUCGCUACUGGAAAAACCCUGGCGCGUUCAAUAAUGGCUUCAAGGGAAUUUGCAAGGCAUUUGUGCAAGCUGCAUUCAGCUUUGGUGGAGGCGAGCAUAUCGCAGUCAUCGCGGGCGAGGUAGCAAACCCAAGACAUACAAUCAAGAAGACUGUGCGCCCUGUAUUUUGGCGCAUGUUCACCUUCUUUGUCGUUAAUAUCUGGCUGGUUGGAAUGUGUGUUCCUUCUGACGAUCCCAAUUUGAAUGCCGAGGGGACUUUGGGAAGCCCAUUUGUGAUCGCUAUCAAAAGAGCAGAGGUAUAUGGAUUGGCACACGCAAUCAAUGGGUUUAUCUUUUUAAGUGUCAUAAGCUGUGGAAUUACCAGUGUUUACGUCGCGAGCCGCAGUUUGACGGCGAUGGCGGACAUGAACAUAAUACAUCCCUUCUUCGGAUGGAAAGACAAGCAAGGGAGGCCUUUUGUGUCGCUGAUCAUUAGUCUUGGCCUGGGUGGUGGGCUGUGUUAUCUCAACGUCAAUAGUGUCGGUGUUAUUGUCUACGGCUGGUUUACGUCAUUGGUUGCUAUUGCUACUUUGUUCGAGUGGUCCUCCUGUUAUAUCGCCCACCUCCGGUUCCGACAAGGCUUGAAGGCACAGGGAAAAGAUCUCCGGACUCUGCCUUUCAGAGGAUUUCUUACUCCUUGGGCCCAGUAUUUAAGCCUUACCAUUGUUGCAUUCAUAUUUGGAUGCGAGUUUUAUCUAUCUUGUUGGCCAUUUGGUGAAGAGGGUUCUGUGAAAACUUUCUUCGCGAGUUACCUCGCGGCUCCUCUCUUCGUUUUUGAUUACUUUGCUUACAAGUGGUAUUACAAGACAAGCAUUGUCAAGGCAAAGGAUAUGGACUUCUCAGAAGCAAGAUUUUUCGACGAGGAGGAGCGCCUUGAAGCCAUUACAGCCGAGCAACAGGCUCAAGAGAAGCCAAACAAGAAGUCCAACUGGGUAAAACGUGCUCGAUAUCUUGUUUUCGGUUAG